UGAUUCCAACUUCGGGGCCAUUUUCAUUUCUCUGAUUUCAUUAUCAACAAAAAAAACGGACAGCUAAGAAAAAAGAAGGCACUCUCUAUUUUUUGGUUCCGAAACAAACAAAAUAAUCAAACCCUCUUUUUCUCUGCUUCCACCGUCACUCACUCACCACUCGAAUGCUACUCUCACUUUCUCACAUUUUCUCAGGUACUUGAAGAAACAAUUGUAACUUUCACAUAUUCAAUUUCAGUUAUUUUUUCCCGAAUUAUACUUUAUGAGUUUGGAAACUGUAACAAUGGCAACGUGCUUUGUACAUUCGAAUUCUAGAAAUUCAGUAGGGGUGUUGGCUGUUAAUGGAGGAAGAACAUUGUUAGAGAAUAAUCAUAUUAACAAACCGUGUUUUUUGAAAAUUCAUGACAAUAAAAAUGGAUUUUUGGGUGGUAAUGGUAACCGAAAGUGCGGUUUUAUUAAUGUUAAGUCAACAGGGUCACCAAAUAACCAUAGUGUUAGUCCCUAUCAUCAUAGCAAAGACCCUUUUUUAGACCUUCAUCCCGAGAUUUCAAUGCUUAGAGGUGAAGGAAGCAGUUCAUUGAACAACACCACGAGACCGAGAAAGGAUACGUCCGGUGGUGAUGUGGAUGAGAGGUUGGAAGACAAUUCUAUUCCGAGUAAUUACAAUGAGGCAAAGAUUAAAGUCAUUGGUGUUGGUGGUGGUGGGUCGAAUGCGGUCAAUCGCAUGAUUGAGAGCUCCAUGAAUGGUGUGGAGUUUUGGAUUGUUAAUACUGAUGUUCAGGCAAUGAGAAUGUCGCCUGUUGUUUCUGAGAACCGCUUGCCAAUUGGUCAAGAGCUUACGCGGGGUCUUGGCGCUGGCGGUAACCCAGAGAUUGGUAUGAAUGCUGCCAAAGAAAGCAAAGAGUCAAUACAAGAGGCGGUUUAUGGAGCUGAUAUGGUCUUUGUUACUGCUGGAAUGGGAGGAGGAACUGGCACUGGUGCAGCUCCAGUUAUUGCUGGUAUCACAAAGUCAAUGGGUAUACUAACCGUUGGUAUUGUCACAACCCCUUUCUCAUUUGAAGGGCGGAGGAGGGCAGUUCAAGCUCAAGAAGGAAUUGCAGCCUUAAGAGAUAACGUUGAUACCCUGAUAGUUAUUCCAAAUGACAAGUUGCUGACUGCAGUUUCUCAGUCCACCCCUGUUACUGAAGCAUUCAAUCUGGCUGAUGAUAUUCUUCGACAAGGUGUUCGUGGCAUUUCUGAUAUUAUUACGAUACCUGGGUUGGUGAAUGUCGACUUUGCAGAUGUUAGAGCUAUAAUGGCCAAUGCAGGUUCUUCACUUAUGGGGAUAGGAACUGCAACUGGGAAAACAAGGGCAAGAGAUGCUGCAUUAAAUGCUAUCCAGUCGCCCUUACUAGAUAUUGGUAUAGAGAGGGCCACUGGAAUUGUAUGGAACAUAACUGGUGGAAGUGAUUUGACCUUGUUUGAGGUAAAUGCCGCAGCAGAAGUUAUAUACGACCUUGUGGAUCCUACUGCUAAUUUAAUAUUUGGAGCAGUAAUAGAUCCAUCACUCAGUGGUCAAGUGAGCAUAACAUUGAUUGCCACGGGAUUCAAGCGUCAAGAGGAAAGUGAAGGGAGACCUGCACAGGUCAGUCAACUCACACAGGGAGAUACAGUUAUCAGUCGGCGAUCUUCCACUUUCACCGAUGGUAGUUUGGUUGAGAUCCCAGAAUUCUUAAAGAAAAAAGGGCGCUUACGCUAUCCAAGAGCUUAAUACACCCUCCCCAACUUAUUUAAUACCUUGCAUUUCUCUACCACUGCAUCAAUUUUAGGGAUAUAGAGAUAGCAUUGUUCUAGGUAUUAGAUCCCUGUUUUUGCCCUUUAUAGCAAUUUUAGGUCCGUAAUGUCCACACGGUUGUCCUUGAAAGCUAAGUACUUUCCAAAUUUAUGUGUUUUGAGGCUUGUUGACAUAUGUGAACAAGUAAGUUCGCUUAUAUUUCUGUAUAGAGAAUAUACCAGUAGUAAUGUCAGGGCUUGUUAUAGAUGUUUGUUACUUUCUUCAAGUAAGCUACUGGUUUUGAAGUAAAUAAGAAUUCCUCAACAUUUGUUCCUCGUCCCGUCUAAAA